GUGAAAUACUCUCCCGGAACCCGGCGCAACCCGUGGUGUCAUCUGCACCGUCCGAUCAAAUCACAAUCACAGAUUUAUUAUGCUCGACCUCCUCUACUCCAACUCCACCAUAAACCCUGGAACACAUUUUUUGAAAAGAUUUUGUUUUUCAGCAUUGAAAAGAAACCUUCUCCUGUUUCUAUCCCCUUCUACAAGAAGCACCUGAAUGGCGGGAGGUGGUGUGGCUGCCGGUGCGGCGGGGGCUUCCGUGAGAAUAGUGGUUGCCGGAGAUGCAAAAACGGGGAAGUCGAGUUUGAUAGUUACGGCGGCCAUGGAGUCCUUCCCGAGCAAUGUGCCGCCGGUUCUGCCGCCAACGAGGUUGCCGAAUGACUUGUACCCGGACCGUGUACCUGUCAUCAUUAUGGAUACCUCGUCCAGUCCUGAGAAUAGAGGGAGGCUUGUUGAAGAACUGAUCAGAGCUGAUGCAGUAGUUCUAACAUAUGCAUGUGAUAGACCUGAAACACUUAAUAGAUUAAGUACUUACUGGCUUCCUGAACUUCGACUAUUAGAGGUUAGAGUCCCGGUUAUUGUGGUGGGUUGCAUGCUAGACAAGAGAGGUGAUCAACAGCCUGUUAGUCUGGAGCAGGUUAUGUCACCUAUAAUGCAACAGUUUCGGGAGAUUGAAACUUGUAUUGAAUGUUCUGCUCUAAAUCAUAUUCAGGUUCCUGAGGUUUUCUACUAUGCACAAAAAGCUGUGCUUCAUCCCACUGCUCCACUAUUUGAUCAGGAGCAACAAGUUCUCAAACCUAGGUGUGUGAGGGCAUUGAAAAGAAUCUUUAUUCUUUGUGAUCGUGAUAGGGAUGGUGCCCUUAGUGAUGCUGAGUUGAAUGAGUUUCAGGUUAAGUGUUUCAACGCCCCACUACAACCAUCUGAAAUAGUGGGUGUUAAAAGGGUUGUGGAAGAGAAAUUACCGGAAGGUGUUGAUGCUCGUGGUCUGACAUUGACAGGCUUUCUAUUUCUCCAUGCUCUUUUCAUCGAGAAGGGGCGUUUGGAAACAACAUGGACAGUGCUAAGGAAAUUUGGAUAUAACAAUGAAAUUAGACUUCGUGAUGAUCAAUUGCCGCCUCCAAUAAAGAAAUAUCCUGACCAGAGUGUGGAGCUAACUAAUGAAGCUGUGGAGUUCCUAAAAAAUAUCUUCAUUACUUACGACGUUGAUUGUGAUGGAGCUCUUCGAUCUGCUGAGCUUGAAGAUCUGUUCUCUACCGCACCUGAAAAAAUGACAUUUAAUCCCAAAGCUCCAUAUGUCGAUGCUGCUCAAAAGACUGCUCUUGGGGGGCUGCCAGACUUUGGAUUUUUAUCACUGUGGGCACUUAUGACGCUUCUGGAUCCAAUUCGUAGUGUGGAGAACCUGAUAUAUAUAGGUUAUGGUGGUGAUCCUUCAUCUGCUAUACGUGUAACUCGAAGAAGGCGUUUAGAUCGUAAGAAGCAGCACUCAGAAAGAACAGUAUAUCAGUGUUUUGUUUUUGGACCAAAAGAAUCUGGGAAAUCUGCCUUACUUGAUUCUUACAUUGGAAGGCCUUUCCCUGAAGAAUAUGUUUCUACAACUGGGGACAAAUAUGCUGUUAAUGUCGUAGAGCAACCCUCAGGGCUUAGGAAGACUCUGGUGUUGCGGGAAAUCCCUGAGGAUGGAGUGAAAGAGUUGCUAUCUAAGAAGGAUGCAUUGGCUGCAUGUGAUGUAGCAGUGUUUGUUCAUGACAGAACUGCUAAAUGGGGCCUGGUAGAACUCAAAAUCCCAAAAGCUAGCCAAAAGGAGUGUGGCCAACCCACACUUGACUUCAAACUAGCUCUCCAAGAUCCCUCGACCGUUUUGCUCCCGCUUGGAGAUGUUCUCGGCAUUAAACCUCCGGCGAUCAAGUCAGUAAGUUCUCAUGAACCUUCCUGGCAGAAAGCGACAGAGAUGCUUGUGGAUGUGGCCAGUCAAGGGGAAGCUACUGGUUAUGAGGUUCCCUGUCUUAUUGUUGCUGCUAAGGAUGAUCUGGACCCUUACCUGACAGAGAUUCAAGAUUCAACAAGGGUUAGCCAGGAUAUGGGGAUAGAGGCUCCUAUCCCUCUCAGCACAAAGCUGGGAGAUUUCAGUAACAUAUUUCAUAGGAUUGUGAGAGCAGCCGAACACCCACAUUUAAGCAUUCCUGAGACAUCGGCUGGAAAAAGCCGCAAGCAUUAUCAUCGGCUUAUUAAUCGCUCGCUCAUGUUUAUAUCAGUUGGAGCAGCUGUCACAGUCGUUGGGUUGGCCGCAUAUCGUGUUUAUGCUGCAAGGAAAAGUUCUUCAAGCUAGGAAAAUAAAUCUCUUUAGCCUGUGGGCCCUUUUAUUUUUUACUUAUUUUUGUUUCUAUUCCUUUUUUUUUCUUGGUGGUGAGUUGUGGGGUAGCAGAAGCCGUUCCUGUGGUUGAAUAUAUGUUUGAAGCUGUCUUAGUAGGGAACACAAUACGGAUAUGUUAUUAGUCGUGUUGGUGAAUUUUUUCUCGUGGUAUGGAGCAAAUCUUUUACUGAAAAUGGGGCUGUUUUUCAAUGAACCAGAAUGUGGAUGACAAUUUGAUAAUUUUGAUAAUUUGAUGGUUGCAUUUGAAUAUAUGAUAAUUUGAUAAUUUUGUUUGGUGAAAAGAUUAUGUAUAUGUUUUUGUGAUUUUAGUAUUCUUCUCUACUCAUUGUAGCAUGCGAUAUUGAUUUGGGGAUCUUGAG